AUGAACCCGUUCGACCUUACUCCUGCAUCGAUUCCCUUCGUCCAUGCGAGUGACAAGGCGGCCAUGCUUCAGAGCGUGAUACCGUUAGCAGUGGCUAAGGGCGUGGCAUCUAAUGCAGACACUCUUUCGGCGACAGACAUCGCCAUUGCGGCACGUGAGCCGCUACGCAACGCAAAUCCGAAUCCAGAUGCCAGUUACAUACUUACCCUGACACGCUACUAUAAGCUUAUGCGUCCAAUUGCAGAGCACGCAAAUGACCACGACGUUCUGCGCGCCACCGUGGCUAACCCCAGCAAGUGGGUCUCUGAGAACGUAUCUCUCGAGUGCUCCUCCAUUGCCGGUGAAGCAGUUGCUGCUGCAAUUAAUCUAGCUGCAGCAAAGAUUUUUAGUGGAAUAGGAAAUCACUACGACGCGACUAGGUUCUUCUCGGAGGCCGAGGCUAUUCUGCAGGAGGCUGCUACGCUAGCAGAAAGCGGCCACCUAUGUGGAUUUUUAGGCCCUACUCAUCUCCGGGCGCUGGCUUUGUUUGCCCAAGCACAGUCUCUCGAGAGCACUGCCGUGAGCAAGAUCAACAAAUUGGGUGCAGAGGAAAUAGAGUCAACUGAACUGCAGACAGCCCUGCGUACGCUCACCGAGGCUAGUGCUCUUUACGAUCGAGUUUUCAAAGACCUGGCUCCGACAGCCUCUUCUUCUACCGUUGUUGCAAGCACGUCUCUCUUUAAGGCUAAGCUUCUCCCUGCUCUUGCCAGAUACGUCGUUGCGAAUGCCUACUUUAAUGGGAACAGGCUUUCUAAUACCGCUACUGAAUGCCGCAGGGCCUCUGAACUUCUUACCGUCGCACAAGCCGCGCUGGAGCUUACUCCUGACCAAGAACGCAUGACUUCUGAGCUGGCCACGGCAAUUAUCGGCAUACAGAGCAACCUACCCGUGGCCGGUGUCGAUGACGAGGCACAGUUAUAUGAUCUUCAGAGGAUGACAGAGCAAGAUUUCCGUGAAUUCAAGCAAGCAUACGGCGCACCAACAGAUGUUCUACCUCCGUGGAGAAACGAUUCUUCUCAAGACACUGCGGCUCUUAACGAAUUACGCCGCAUUGUGGCCAGCAAGGACGAUGAAAUUCAGGCACUUAACAUCUCGUUACGAAACGCGCAGCUGGAGCUUCUCCAGGUAUCUUCUGGAAGCGUUCUCAACACAGAAGUCACGUAUCUUAAGGGUCUUUUGGAGAAGGAACAUGAAACCGUGAAGUCACUUCAAGAAGCAGCAGAACUUAAGAACAAAGAGGUGGAUGCAUUGAACGAAGCCCUUAAGCAACAAGAGGAGAUGGUCAAGUCCCUCUGUGAAAGUAUCUCUCCAUCUGCAUCCCGCAAGAAUCUCAAGAGCCCAGCUGCGGGGGAUGCGUCCACCCGCGAGGCAGACAGGCGAGAGCGCAUGAUAAAGAAACUUCAGAUGCAGGUUAUGAGUAAGGACAUUGAGAUUAAUGAGUUGAAGUCUUCUCUUGAGCUAGCGAACAGCGGCAUGUUAGCCUCUACCACCGGUGCGACGACAGACGAGGUCGACGCUCUCCGAAGGGACAUUGCGGCUCUUCAGAAUGCUAUUGAUGAUAAGGACAAAGAGGUAAAGUGGCUAGAAGACGAGAUUCGGCAAAAGGAUGAUACGAUGAUAGAAUUGCGGGGCCGCACGGAAAGUGAGAUAGAGUCCCUCCAGGAGACAGCCGCCAGCAAAGACCAGGAAAUUGCAAAGCUCGAGGCAGAAUUGAAGAGUACCUUGCAAAUGAUCCAGGCCCUCAAGAACUCUGAGGCUGAUGGCGCUGGUGCAACAAACAUACUGCAGCGUGAGAAGGCACACCUAGAGGAUAAGUUGCAAGAAAAGGAAAAUAUCGUAGCAGAAUUAAACGAGGCCUUAAGAAAAAAAGAUUUAACGAUUGCUGAGCUGCAUGAGAGCGCUGCAGCUCAGCAACGGAAGGAACAGGAGACAAUCGACUUCUACGAAAACCUCAAAAGAGAGCAGAAUCAAGUUAUCUCUGAUCUGCGAAGCUCGCUCUCGGCUAAGCAGGCCACUUUAGCCAUGGCAGAGGAGACUGCAAAGACACUAGAAAGUGAAGUCCAGUCGCUAAAGAGUGAAGUGGACGCUAAGACUAUGGAGAUAGAAAGCCUCCUUGCUAUGUCGACGAGCAAGGCCAACGAUAUGGACCAGACCAUGGAAGAGCUCCAGUCAUUGAGGACCGAACUGCUGGCCAAAGAAGGAGAAAUUCAAACCCUUAGGAACCUAAUCGAAGAGAAGGAAGCAAUAAUUACUGAUUUACGGAUGACAGAAAGCGAACACCAGAACAAGUAUACUACUCUCCAAACCACACUUCAGCGGCUGAAUGAAGACCUUCAGAGCAGAGACCGUCAGAUCGUUGCACUUUUAGAAGAAGCAGAGGCAGCAGCUGAGCGUCAAAAGGCGAGUCAACAUCUUCAGGAACAGCUCCAGAGGCAGAUUUCUCAGCAAGAUAUUGUAAGCAAAAGCGUCCAAGAACAAGUCUGUAUGAUGAGCGAUGCUGCCUGUCGGGCCCGCUAUUUAGAGGAUAAAUUGGCCACCAAAACAUACGACGAAGAAGUUUUGCGUACUAUGAUACAACGUGUAGAAGAUGCCGACCGAGACAAGGGGAGGACUAUCGAGAGUCUGAGAACGGAGAUUGAGUUUUUGCGCAGUGAACCUAAGUAUCAGCCAGACGACAGAUCGGGUCAAAUAGAAGCACUGGAAGACAAGAUCGUAGCGUUGAACACACAUAUUCGGUAUCUUACUAACGAGCUACUUCAAAAGGAGCAAGAGCUAGUGCACUUAGCUAAUGACGAUAAAUCAGCUGAGACAGACCGUCUGAAGAAGCUUCUUAUUAGUCAGGAUGAUGAGCUGAAUGAGCUAAAGGAGAACCUGUUCCUUCUUAGAGAAAAGGGAAUAAGCGAUGGAAUUCUUGACGGAGAACCCACGAUGGUUCCUGCAAGCAUGCUUGUUAGCAAGCAAGAGGAGAUCGAUAGAUUAAAAGAAGCCUUAGAGUCUCUUAGCGCAGAGGAGCCGAUUAUAGUUACCCGGCACGAAGAGCCAGAAGAGGAUAUCUCUAGUCUUAAGAAGCAGCUUACUGAGCUCACCGGACUGGUUGCCAGUCAAGCCGUCCAGAUUGAGGGUUUGAAUGCUCAAUUAGCCGAUAAAACACGUGACCUUGACACUGCCUUGUAUGAUGUCGCAGUCUUAAGACGUGCAUUGCGCGUCAUUGAGGAUGACUACAGAGAUUCUGAGCGCAGUCUUGACCAACUCGAACAACAAGCUGUCAACAUGAAGGAUGCUUAUGAGUUAUCUCUUGCAGCGCAGGUAAGUCCUAUUGGCGUUCUUGAAAACGAGCUCCGAGCACUCAGUACGCAUAAUCAGCAAUUGAUAGACGUCAUUGAUGAAAAGGACGGUGAGAUUUCACGGCUUCAUGCUUCUGUUAUCGAUGCUAUUUCUGCUAGCCAAGUUGUAGUUGCUCCUCCCGAUUUCUCCAAUUUGCUCACCGAUAAAGACGCCGAGCUCGAGCGCCUCCGCACGCUCCUCGACCAUCCCCCGGUUGAGCAGCCCGUAGACGACUCCCAGAAGUACCGGGACGCGAUCGGCUUCCUCAAGGAGGAGCUUGCCUACAAGGACCAUGAGAUCCGCCGCAUGAGGGCUGACAGCGCGCCCUCCGAGGUCGCGCAGAUCGUUGACGCCUCCCUCAAGCAGGCCCUGGCACAGAAAGAGGAAGAGGUGGCGCGCCUCAAGAGCGCCCUGGAGGAUCUCGCCUCGGACCACAUCGGCCAGAAGACCGGCGAGCCCGACACAGCCGCUCUCAAGGCCCUGCAGCAGGAGAUCAGCACAAAGGACGACGAGAUCCAGAAGCUCACCGCUGUCAUCGCUGCCAUGCCGCGCACCCAUGAGCCGCAGGACAUCACUGACGCCGCAGAGCUGGUGCGCAUCCUUGAGUCCAACCUCGAGAGGGAGAAGGAUGACACGGCUGCUCUUCGCGACGCCCUGCGCAACGCAGAGGAGAAGAACAAUGAGCAGCUUCGCGAAAUAGAUGAUCUUCGUCGGGAGCUCGACGCGCUUCGCAGGGCGGCUCCCGUCGAGCCUCUUGCGGCUGCAGCCCCGGCCGACGACGACCUUCUCCGGUCGCUGCGCGCAGACAACGAGAUGCUGAUGGAGGAUGUCCAUGAUAAGCGCCAAGACAUCAAGGUUCUGGAGCGCAAGCUUCUUCAGGCCAAGGACGUCAUCGAGGAUCUCAAGGACGCGCUCGUCCGCGUCGAGCCCGCCGAGCUGACGGCCAUUGCAGACGGCGACGCGGAGGACAUCGGCCGCCUCCAGGACCUCCUCGAGAACAUGAAGCAGCGCGAGAAGGAGCUCAACCGCUUCUACACCGACCUGCUGAAGCAGACCCAGCCGGCACAGGCACCAGAGCCCCUCACCCAGGCAGACUUCGAGCGGAUCCUCUCCGAGAAGGACGCCGAGCUCGAGCGCCUCCGCACGCUCCUCGACCAUCCCCCGGUUGAGCAGCCCGUAGACGACUCCCAGAAGUACCGGGACGCGAUCGGCUUCCUCAAGGAGGAGCUUGCCUACAAGGACCAUGAGAUCCGCCGCAUGAGGGCUGACAGCGCGCCCUCCGAGGUCGCGCAGAUCGUUGACGCCUCCCUCAAGCAGGCCCUGGCACAGAAAGAGGAAGAGGUGGCGCGCCUCAAGAGCGCCCUGGAGGAUCUCGCCUCGGACCACAUCGGCCAGAAGACCGGCGAGCCCGACACAGCCGCUCUCAAGGCCCUGCAGCAGGAGAUCAGCACAAAGGACGACGAGAUCCAGAAGCUCACCGCUGUCAUCGCUGCCAUGCCGCGCACCCAUGAGCCGCAGGACAUCACUGACGCCGCAGAGCUGGUGCGCAUCCUUGAGUCCAACCUCGAGAGGGAGAAGGAUGACACGGCUGCUCUUCGCGACGCCCUGCGCAACGCAGAGGAGAAGAACAAUGAGCAGCUUCGCGAAAUAGAUGAUCUUCGUCGGGAGCUCGACGCGCUUCGCAGGGCGGCUCCCGUCGAGCCUCUUGCGGCUGCAGCCCCGGCCGACGACGACCUUCUCCGGUCGCUGCGCGCAGACAACGAGAUGCUGAUGGAGGAUGUCCAUGAUAAGCGCCAAGACAUCAAGGUUCUGGAGCGCAAGCUUCUUCAGGCCAAGGACGUCAUCGAGGAUCUCAAGGACGCGCUCGUCCGCGUCGAGCCCGCCGAGCUGACGGCCAUUGCAGACGGCGACGCGGAGGACAUCGGCCGCCUCCAGGACCUCCUCGAGAACAUGAAGCAGCGCGAGAAGGAGCUCAACCGCUUCUACACCGACCUGCUGAAGCAGACCCAGCCGGCACAGGCACCAGAGCCCCUCACCCAGGCAGACUUCGAGCGGAUCCUCUCCGAGAAGGACGCCGAGCUCGAGCGCCUCCGCACGCUCCUCGACCAUCCCCCGGUUGAGCAGCCCGUAGACGACUCCCAGAAGUACCGGGACGCGAUCGGCUUCCUCAAGGAGGAGCUUGCCUACAAGGACCAUGAGAUCCGCCGCAUGAGGGCUGACAGCGCGCCCUCCGAGGUCGCGCAGAUCGUUGACGCCUCCCUCAAGCAGGCCCUGGCACAGAAAGAGGAAGAGGUGGCGCGCCUCAAGAGCGCCCUGGAGGAUCUCGCCUCGGACCACAUCGGCCAGAAGACCGGCGAGCCCGACACAGCCGCUCUCAAGGCCCUGCAGCAGGAGAUCAGCACAAAGGACGACGAGAUCCAGAAGCUCACCGCUGUCAUCGCUGCCAUGCCGCGCACCCAUGAGCCGCAGGACAUCACUGACGCCGCAGAGCUGGUGCGCAUCCUUGAGUCCAACCUCGAGAGGGAGAAGGAUGACACGGCUGCUCUUCGCGACGCCCUGCGCAACGCAGAGGAGAAGAACAAUGAGCAGCUUCGCGAAAUAGAUGAUCUUCGUCGGGAGCUCGACGCGCUUCGCAGGGCGGCUCCCGUCGAGCCUCUUGCGGCUGCAGCCCCGGCCGACGACGACCUUCUCCGGUCGCUGCGCGCAGACAACGAGAUGCUGAUGGAGGAUGUCCAUGAUAAGCGCCAAGACAUCAAGGUUCUGGAGCGCAAGCUUCUUCAGGCCAAGGACGUCAUCGAGGAUCUCAAGGACGCGCUCGUCCGCGUCGAGCCCGCCGAGCUGACGGCCAUUGCAGACGGCGACGCGGAGGACAUCGGCCGCCUCCAGGACCUCCUCGAGAACAUGAAGCAGCGCGAGAAGGAGCUCAACCGCUUCUACACCGACCUGCUGAAGCAGACCCAGCCGGCACAGGCACCAGAGCCCCUCACCCAGGCAGACUUCGAGCGGAUCCUCUCCGAGAAGGACGCCGAGCUCGAGCGCCUCCGCACGCUCCUCGACCAUCCCCCGGUUGAGCAGCCCGUAGACGACUCCCAGAAGUACCGGGACGCGAUCGGCUUCCUCAAGGAGGAGCUUGCCUACAAGGACCAUGAGAUCCGCCGCAUGAGGGCUGACAGCGCGCCCUCCGAGGUCGCGCAGAUCGUUGACGCCUCCCUCAAGCAGGCCCUGGCACAGAAAGAGGAAGAGGUGGCGCGCCUCAAGAGCGCCCUGGAGGAUCUCGCCUCGGACCACAUCGGCCAGAAGACCGGCGAGCCCGACACAGCCGCUCUCAAGGCCCUGCAGCAGGAGAUCAGCACAAAGGACGACGAGAUCCAGAAGCUCACCGCUGUCAUCGCUGCCAUGCCGCGCACCCAUGAGCCGCAGGACAUCACUGACGCCGCAGAGCUGGUGCGCAUCCUUGAGUCCAACCUCGAGAGGGAGAAGGAUGACACGGCUGCUCUUCGCGACGCCCUGCGCAACGCAGAGGAGAAGAACAAUGAGCAGCUUCGCGAAAUAGAUGAUCUUCGUCGGGAGCUCGACGCGCUUCGCAGGGCGGCUCCCGUCGAGCCUCUUGCGGCUGCAGCCCCGGCCGACGACGACCUUCUCCGGUCGCUGCGCGCAGACAACGAGAUGCUGAUGGAGGAUGUCCAUGAUAAGCGCCAAGACAUCAAGGUUCUGGAGCGCAAGCUUCUUCAGGCCAAGGACGUCAUCGAGGAUCUCAAGGACGCGCUCGUCCGCGUCGAGCCCGCCGAGCUGACGGCCAUUGCAGACGGCGACGCGGAGGACAUCGGCCGCCUCCAGGACCUCCUCGAGAACAUGAAGCAGCGCGAGAAGGAGCUCAACCGCUUCUACACCGACCUGCUGAAGCAGACCCAGCCGGCACAGGCACCAGAGCCCCUCACCCAGGCAGACUUCGAGCGGAUCCUCUCCGAGAAGGACGCCGAGCUCGAGCGCCUCCGCACGCUCCUCGACCAUCCCCCGGUUGAGCAGCCCGUAGACGACUCCCAGAAGUACCGGGACGCGAUCGGCUUCCUCAAGGAGGAGCUUGCCUACAAGGACCAUGAGAUCCGCCGCAUGAGGGCUGACAGCGCGCCCUCCGAGGUCGCGCAGAUCGUUGACGCCUCCCUCAAGCAGGCCCUGGCACAGAAAGAGGAAGAGGUGGCGCGCCUCAAGAGCGCCCUGGAGGAUCUCGCCUCGGACCACAUCGGCCAGAAGACCGGCGAGCCCGACACAGCCGCUCUCAAGGCCCUGCAGCAGGAGAUCAGCACAAAGGACGACGAGAUCCAGAAGCUCACCGCUGUCAUCGCUGCCAUGCCGCGCACCCAUGAGCCGCAGGACAUCACUGACGCCGCAGAGCUGGUGCGCAUCCUUGAGUCCAACCUCGAGAGGGAGAAGGAUGACACGGCUGCUCUUCGCGACGCCCUGCGCAACGCAGAGGAGAAGAACAAUGAGCAGCUUCGCGAAAUAGAUGAUCUUCGUCGGGAGCUCGACGCGCUUCGCAGGGCGGCUCCCGUCGAGCCUCUUGCGGCUGCAGCCCCGGCCGACGACGACCUUCUCCGGUCGCUGCGCGCAGACAACGAGAUGCUGAUGGAGGAUGUCCAUGAUAAGCGCCAAGACAUCAAGGUUCUGGAGCGCAAGCUUCUUCAGGCCAAGGACGUCAUCGAGGAUCUCAAGGACGCGCUCGUCCGCGUCGAGCCCGCCGAGCUGACGGCCAUUGCAGACGGCGACGCGGAGGACAUCGGCCGCCUCCAGGACCUCCUCGAGAACAUGAAGCAGCGCGAGAAGGAGCUCAACCGCUUCUACACCGACCUGCUGAAGCAGACCCAGCCGGCACAGGCACCAGAGCCCCUCACCCAGGCAGACUUCGAGCGGAUCCUCUCCGAGAAGGACGCCGAGCUCGAGCGCCUCCGCAUCCUGACUUCAGAUAAUGCCACCUUUUUCAGGAAGAAGCUGGCAGCCAAGGACGCGGAGAUAAGAAGGCUUAUGUCGGCUGCAUCUCAGCCAGAUGAGGCGUCACAUGGAACAGAGUACGAUGUUGCCGUAUUGCAGAGUGCUUUGACUGUGGCUGACGACAUCAUCAAUGAUAAGACGCGAGAAACUGAAGAACUCCAGAAGCUCCUUGAUGACUUACAAGAAAAGCUUCGAGAUGUGGAUGAGAAUAAGCUUUAUGAAACCAUCGACAUGCUUAGGAACGAUGUUGACCGUUUAGAAAGAUGUCUCAACGAGCGUACUAAGGAACUGAACUCAUUCAAAUCUGCGAUGCCUCAUGAUAAUGUUCUUGCCAAUGCAGUGCAGAGAGAGAAGGAGAUCGAAAGGUUCUACAGAAACCUCAUUGAUAGCAAAGACGUUAUGAUUAACCAGCUUAAAGCUCUUCUGUCUGCCGACACUGACGAUCUCCUAAGGGCUCUUCGAAUGGACAAUCAGACUCUGGCUGAGGACGUGCGAGACAAGGCCAACAGUCUGCAAGAUACUACAAGAAAACUCCGAGAUGCCAUGAACACCAUUGACAGGCUUCAGUCUGAACUAGCUCAUGCACGUACUGAUGAACUGGACGACUCUCGUCCUUCAGAACAGGACUCACAAUCUGAUGGCUUACAAGAGCUACAAAGAAUUAUCCAGGCCAAGGAUGAGGUCAUUUCGGACCUGCGGCAACAGCUAGAUACAGCAACUGAUACAACCGUGGACACUGCUGAGCGUAUACGCGUGCUUGAGAGCAGUCUAGCAGAGGGCUCUGCUCGCGAAAGAGAAGCACCGGCGAUCAUAUCAGAUGACGUUACGUCUCUUACACAGAAGAUAGCGCUUCUUCAGGACGAGAUUGACGAAAAGCAGAACACAAUCGAGGCUCUUGUCGGAGCAAUCAAGGACUUUAAUGAGGCUAAUGCUUCUCUAAGACAGUCCAAGAUAGAGAUGGAGGAUCAGGUCAGAUAUAUGCGGCAGGCUCUUGAAAACACCCAGGGUGCCAUGAAUCACAUGCUUACGUCUGCAAUUGGCCAGAACAGCGAAGUGGCAGCCGUGCUGAGCCCUCAGCUAAGCGCAAUCGACGCAACGACCAACAUGAGCGCUCUCGAUAUGCAGCAGAAGAUUAAGUAUUUGACCGACGAAUUGAACAAAUCUCGCCAGGAGGUUGACGACAUGAAGAAGGCCUUUCAGGAGUCAGGCUCUGUUGGGGGGAGCAGCUAUGAGAUUGCAACGCUACGGAAGGAAAUCAAUCGUCUCAACAAGGAGUUGGAUAGAUACCGUAGCGGAUCCGUUGUUACACCGUCGUUCAGUAGAAUCCAGUGA